CACCUGGCUGCCAGGUACUUUGAUACUCUGGUGAAGCUGCAACAGGUGCAUGGAAUGGCUGGGGCCUUCCUGAGCUGGAAUGAUCUUCAGGCCACCGUGAGUCAGGUCAACGCCCAGGUCCAGGAAGAGACCAAUCAGGUCCUUGCGGUCAGCCUUAUCAAUGAGGCUCUGGAGCAGAACAACCCUGAAAAGACCCUCUCCUCCCUUCUGCUUCCUGCGGCUGGCCUGGAUGACGUCAGCCUUCCUGUCGCCCCGCGGUACCAUCUCCUCCUUGUGGCGGCCAAAAAGCAGAAGGCGCAGGUGACAGGGGAUCCUGGAGCUGUGCUAUGGCUGGAAGAGAUCCGCCAGGAAGUGGUUAGAGCCAACCAGGACACAAACACAGCUCAGAGGAUGGCUCUUGGUGUGGCCGCCAUCAAUCAGGCCAUCAAGGAGGGCAAGGCAGCCCAGACAGAACGGGUGUUAAGGAACCCCUCCGUGGGCCUCCGAGGGGUGGUUCCUGACUGUGCUGACGGCUACCAGCAAGUCCUGGAAGAUGCCAUGGCAAAGAAGCGGCGCCCAGGGGAUACAGCGCUCUGGGUUCAACAUGACAUGAAGGAUGGUACCGCCUACUACUUCCAUCUGCAGACCUUCCAGGGGACCUGGGAGCGACCCCCCGGCUGCCGCCUCAACACCUCCCACCUGACUCGGGAGGAGAUCCAGUUGGCCGUCACCAAGAUCACUGCUGCCCACGACCGCCAACAGCUCUGGAAGGCCAAUGUGGGCUUCAUUAUCCGGCUCCAGGCCCGCCUCCGCGGCUUCCUGGUUCGGCAGAAGUUUGCUGAACGUUCCCACUUUCUGAGGACCUGGCUCCCAGCAAUCAUCAAAAUCCAGGCUCAUUGGCGGGGUUACAGACAGCGGAAGAUUUACCUGGAACGGUUGCAGUAUUUAAAAGCAAACACGAAUGCUGUAAUCAAGAUCCAGGCUUGGGCCCGGAUGUGGGCAGCUCGGAGGCGAUACCGGAGGCGUCUGGGCUACUUCCAGAAGAAUGUUAACUCCAUCGUGAAGAUCCAGGCAUUUUUCCGAGCCAGGAAAGCCCAGGAUGACUACAGGAUGUUAGUCCACGCGCCCCAUCCCCCUCUCAGCGUGGUACGCAGAUUUGCCCACCUCUUAAAUCAAAGCCACCAGGACUUCUUGGCUGAGGCAGAGCUGCUGAAGCUCCAGGAAGAGGUGGUCAGGAAGAUCCGGUCCAAUCAACAGCUGGAGCAGGACCUCAAUCUCAUGGACAUCAAGAUUGGCCUGCUGGUGAAGAAUCGGAUCACCCUGCAGGAAGUGGUCUCCCACUGCAAGAAGCUGACCAAGAAGAAUAAGGAACAGCUGUCAGAUAUGAUGGUUCUGGACAAGCAGAAGGGAUUAAAGUCGCUGAGCAAAGAGAAACGGCAGAAACUAGAAGCUUACCAACACCUCUUCUACCUGCUCCAGACUCAACCCAUCUACCUGGCCAAGCUGAUCUUUCAGAUGCCGCAGAACAAAACCACCAAGUUCAUGGAAUCAGUGAUUUUCAGUCUAUACAACUAUGCCUCCAACCGCCGAGAGGCCUAUCUCCUGCUCCAGCUGUUCAAGACAGCACUCCAGGAGGAAAUCAAGUCGAAGGUGGAGCAGCCCCAGGACAUGGUGACAGGCAACCCAACGGUGGUGAGGCUGGUGGUGAGAUUCUAUCGUAACGGGCGGGGGCAGAGUGCCCUGCAGGAGAUCCUGGGCAAGGUGAUCCAGGAUGUGCUGGAGGACAAGAUGCUCAGCAUCCACACAGACCCUGUCCACCUCUACAAGAGCUGGAUCAACCAGACCGAGGCCCAGACAGGGCAGCGCAGCCACCUCCCCUAUGACAUCACCCCAGAGCAGGCCUUGAGCCACCCCGAGGUCCAGAGACGACUGGACAUCUCCCUCCGCAACCUCCUUGCCAUGACCGAUAAGUUCCUUGCAGCCAUCAUCUCAUCUGCGGACCAAAUUCCGUAUGGGAUGCGAUAUGUGGCCAAGGUCCUGAAGACAACUCUGGCAGAGAAGUUCCCCGAGGCCACAGAGAAUGAGGUCUAUAAGGUCGUAGGGAACCUCCUGUACUACCGCUUCCUGAACCCGGCUGUAGUGGCCCCCGACGCCUUCGACAUUGUGGCAAUGGCAGCAGGCGGCGCCCUGGCCACCCCCCAGCGCCACGCCCUGGGGGCUGUGGCUCAACUCCUGCAGCAUGCUGCAGCUGGCAAGGCCUUCUCCAGGGAGAGCCAGCACCUGCGGGUCUUGAAUGACUAUCUGGAGGAGACACACCUCAAGUUCAGGAGGUUCAUCUGCCGAGCCUGCCACGUGCCAGAGCCAGAAGAGCGCUUUGCGAUGGAUGAGUACUCAGACAUGGUGGCUGUGGCCAAACCUGUGGUGUACAUCACCGUGGGGGAGCUGGUCAACACGCACAGGCUGUUGCUAGAACACCAGGACUGGAUCGCCCCUGAUCACCGUGACCCCCUGCACGAGCUCCUGGAGGACCUUGGGGAGCUGCCCACCGUCCCUGACCUCAUCGGGGAGAACGUAGCUGCGGAUGGGAACGUGGAUCUGAGCAAGCUAGAAGUGUCCCUGACACUGACCAACAAGUUUGAAGGGCUAGAGACAGAUGCUGAUGACACCAAUGCCCGGAGCCUGCUUCUGAGCACCAAGCAGAUGCUGGCUGACAUCAUGCAGUUCCACUCUGGGGAUUCCCUCAAGGAGAUCCUGUCCCUCUCGGCCUCCAGAGAGCAGGAAGCAGCCCACAAGCGGCUGAUGUGCCGACGCCAGGCCUGUGAAGCCCAGACCCCAGAGUCGCUGCGACGACACCGCUCGCUGACAGCUCACUCCCUCCUGCCGCUGGCAGAGAAGCAACGGCGUGUCCUGCGGAACCUGCGCCGGCUCGAGGGCCUGGCUUUGGUCAGCGCCAGCAACGGCUACCAGGGGCUGGUAGACGAACUGGCCAAGGACAUCCGCAACCAACGCAGGCACCGGCAGCGGCGGAAGGCAGAGCUGGUGAAGCUCCAGGCCACGUUCCAGGCCCUGAGCACUAAGACCACCUUUUAUGAGGAGCAGGGUGACUACUACAGCCAGUACAUCCGGGCCUGCCUGGACCACCUGGCCCCCAGCUCCAAGAGUUCUGGCAAAGGGAAGAAGCAGCCAUCUCUCCAUUACACUGCUGCCCAGCUCCUGGAGAAGGGUGUCUUGGUGGAAAUUGAAGAUCUUCCCACCUCUCACUUCAGAAAUGUGAUCUUUGACAUCACCCCUGGAGAUGAGGCAGGAAAGUUCGAAGUAAAUGCCAAGUUCCUGGGUGUGGACAUGGAGCGAUUUCAGCUUCACUAUCAGGACCUCCUGCAGCUCCAGUACGAGGGUGUGGCUGUCAUGAAACUCUUCAACAAGGCCAAGGUCAACGUCAACCUUCUCAUCUUCCUCCUCAACAAGAAAUUCUUGCGGAAGUGACAGAGGCAGUGGGUGCUACCCAAGCCUUUCUUACCUCGCUGGAUGCUUUUCUUAACACUAAUGCACUAUUCCACUUCCCUGCAGACACCCAGAGCUCAGGACUGGGCAGGGCUCAAGGAGUCUCACCCUUUCCCCAGCUGAGAGGAGUUUGUCUACCUGGCCACAGGCAGGGACUCUAAUUGGCUCAAGCGAGCCCUGUCUCUGAGUCUGGCUGUGUGGCUUUGAAGUCCCAGAACCCCAUGGUUCUCCAGCCAGAUGGUAGGGGCCUGCCCUUUGACCUGAGAAAGCUAUUGCUCUUGUGUCUGCUGCUGCCCUCCCAAUACCGUGAGCGCUGCCCCAGCGGCCUGAUUUCCUGCUGCCUCCCUUCUCUUCACAGACCCCAAAGCCAGGGCUAGGCUCCCUGUCCCCACUCCCACUUCAUCAGCAGUGUGUGUUCCUGCCCUGCUGAAGCCCAGGCCACUCUGCUGCUGUGACGCCUCACACCCUCCAGCCCGUCACCCUCACUCCGGGUGGACAGCGCUCGUGAAUGCCCACGUGGCAUUGUGACACGGUUGCCGUCCAAGGCGGCCUAGGCAAGAUGACCCUCCGUUAACCUCAAAUCUCAUUCCCUCGUUUACAGUCUGUUUUACAUGUGGGUCACUAGGGUAUUUAUUCUCUCCUACCCCUAUACUCUGUGCAGCCUUAAUCAUGGCUUUCUUUCUUUUUGAGCUCAGAGAAAGAGUUCCCAUUUCCCUGUUCAAACUAAUAUUCGUGCCAAUCUUUUAUACCUUUUAUAUAAAGUCACCUUGGAUCACUCAUGUUUAAGGUCUCAUUACUUCAGCUUCAUACGGUACAAAGAGCAGGCUUCCCCUUUUCUCUCUCACCCUCAGGAUUCUUGCACCUUAGAGCUGACCCUUCCAGGCAGUUUCCAUAGAUCUGCCGUCUUGUCUCUGCCACUGUCUCUCUCUUGUACCCACAUCUACCCAGCUUCCUGUCCCUGUGGCCCUUCUGAUUUCAUUUUAAUAAAAGCAGCUGUUACCCCC